UCUUCCUUAAGCUUUUGCAUUUAAUGCAUAUUCAUUUCCUUUCUUACUACAAAUACUUCUUCUACUACUACCAUCAUAUCAUCACUUCAUAUUUUCACUAUCACACAACGAGUUUCAUUAUUAGGUCAAGAUUUCACAAGCAUCAAAUGUCAUCAACUGCAUAUGUUUUUCUUUUGUUUCUUUGCUUUUCCUUGCAUGCAUGCAAUGCCAGCAGGAGGAAUUUGAACUCUCUUGAUAAGAAGAUGGAGAAGAAAUUUAACUUUUCUCUUAAGAUCGUUGAGAAAAACGGAUUUGAUUCCAUUCAGAAGAAGAAGGUUAAUGAAGAUGAUGACAAGAUCAAGACUAAUGAGUUGGUUGGUGAUUCGGAGAAUUCGAAAAACCGAAAAAGUACUAUCCGGAGGAUGUUGAAAGGUGUGAGAAAAGUUUCAGUUUCAGUUCAUGGUUUACAAACAAAAUCUCAUGUUUCAGUUUCAUGGCGUGUGCCUCACAAGAAGAAGCAUAGUGAGAAACAUCCUGGUUUUAAUUUGGAUUAUUCACCACCUAAGACACAUCCUCCUUCUCACAACUAA